UUAGUUUUUCAUAUUACCCCAACAUUUCGCUUUCCGAUACUGAAAACCGCACCUUUUUAGCUGCUUCUUAGAAAAAGUUAUCAAAGAAAUGGCCGUGCUUCUUCUUUUUUGAAAUGGAUAGUAGUUACAAUGUAUCUAGUCUAUAAAAACUUAUUUCGCUCUUACUUAUCUGACUGUCUUUUCUGAAGGGUAAGCUUACUAUAGGAGUGGAAGCUGGUGGUGGCUAUAUCAGUCUAUAACAAGUGCUUUUAUUCUGUAGAUAUGAAAAACCGAUUUUAUUUCUAUUGAUGUUGACCAGUUUUCUAAGAUUUUCUUCAAAGACAUAAGCCUACAGAUUAAAACAAUGUCAGAUUCUGACCCAGCAUUGAAUUCUGAAUCUAAUGAUAUAUCAUACAUCGUACUGUUUCGAAAACAAUUUUUGAGAAUUCAAAGAAAUAUCUUCGAUUUCAUGAAGCCGAUCCCUCAUACAUAAUAAAAGUGCUUGUUAUAGUCUGAUAUAAACACCACCAGACUCCCCUCGUAAAGCUGACUUACACUCCAGAAAAAAACAGUCAGAUAAAGAAGAGUAAAAACAGUUUUUAUAGACUCACAUUUUUUGUCAAGUUGAUCACGUGUUUUGAAAAAAUAUGCAUAGGUGCACUGGCUCCCAUCUUUUUUCAAAAAUUUUACUAUAUUUGGAGUUCUCAUCGAAAAAAGGAUCAUCGAUAUACUCAAUUAGUACACUUUUUUGCCUUUUCCGCUAGGCAUUGUAAGAGUUAACCAAAAUUCUGAGACGACAGUUUUGCUCAGAAUUCCAUGCAGAAUUCAUCUAUACAUUAAACAGUUGAAUUUGACAUGAGACGGAAACUAUGCUUAUAACUACGGAUCUUUCUUAAUUUUUCAGCGGAUCUAUACUUAUCAAGUAUUAAAAGAUUAUCGUAUGGUGGACAUUGUGAUGAUUUGAGAAAAUUGUUUAUCGUAUUUCCAAAGCUAACUGAGUUAGCCUUUAAUUAUUAUGAAAUUGGUGAUAAUAUACCCAAUUAUUCAUUUAAGAAUGGCGGUGAUAAAGAACUUUUACAAUUAAAAUAUUUACGCACAGUCACUAUAUAUAAUGAUAACACGUUUCAGGGAUCCGAUGAAAUACAUGCUGAAGAUAAGAAAUUUGGAAAGCGUUUUGCUAAACGCUGUCCAGGAAUAAAUCUUCGAUGGAAUCCUCCUCUCGAUGAUGAAGCAGAUCAAGAAGAAGACAACGAUGGCGAAGACGAAGACGAUGAUAAAGAAGAAUAG